AUGUCUUGCUACGAGCAGUGCAAACAGCCCUGCCUGCCCCCUCCCAUUUGUGUGCAGAAAUGCAGCAAGUGUGUGGAGCCCUGCAAGACGGUGUGCGUGGAGCCCUGCAGCAGCGUCUGCGUGAAGCCGUGCCCCACGCCGUGUGUGGAGGUCUGCCCAACACCCUGUGCCACCCAGUGCACCACGUCCUGCACCACCCAGUGCGUGGAUCCUUGUGCCACCCAGUGCACCACAUCCUGCACCACCCAGUGCGUUGAGCCCUGCGGCAUCCAGUGCUGAGCCCUGCGCGUGGAUCCUUGUGCCACCCAGUGCACCACAUCCUGCACCACCCAGUGCGUUGAGCCCUGCGGCAUCCAGUGCGUUGAGCCCUGCAGCACCCAGUGCGUUGAGCCCUGCAGCACCCAGUGCGUUGAGCCCUGCAGCACCCAGUGCGUUGAGCCCUGCAGCACCCAGUGCGUGGAGGUCUGCCCCCCUAAGUGCAUCGAUGUCUGCAUAAAGCCAUGUGCCACUCAGUGCCCAACCCAUUGCACCACCCAGUGCGUAGAGCCCUGCGUCACCCAGUGCGUGGAGCCCUGCCCACCCCCAUGCGUGGAGGUGUGUGCCACCAAGUGCGUUGAUUCGUGCGAGACGGUGUGCCUGGAGCCGUGCAGCACGGUCUGCUCUCACCCAUGCUAA